AUGCUACCUUUUUGUUCCUUCUGUCCUGACUUCUACCUAUUUGUAAGAGGAAAUCCCUGCCGAGGUGAUAGCAGAGAGCAUUGCCUUGGUCCAGAGGCAGAACAUUCUACUGUUGUUCCAGCAGCUAGGGAACAACCAGAGCAAUCUGCAUCCGAGCCUGUGGAGCAGGCAAAAUUACCUGUUGCAGUUCUAGAAAGUGUAGUGAAAGUGGUUGCGGCUGCCCCUGAAGCAGUGAUGACCAGUCCCUUGAAGCCUCCAAUUAUCGCUAUGCCUCUUCAUUCCCUCUCAGGUUCAUCUGCCAUGGCCUCCUUUGCUGAUCCAGAAUUGGCAAAGUUUGAAGCCAUGGACUUAGAUGCACAACUAGACAGAUUGGAGAUGCUUAGCUCCCUUGUAGGCAAGGCAAAAUCCAAGGCAGUGGAGGAGGCUAUGGAGAGGCUGAAGAUCUGGCAGUCUACGGAGCUGGAUAAGGAUAGGGAAGCCAUUGACCAGCUGAUGAAGGAUUUGGACCUGCUGCACAGACAGAACAUGGCCCCUAAACCUAUACUUGAAAUGAGCAUUGGCUUGGCAAGGGAUGUGCACAACCUUCACGAUCGUUAUGAGGAUCUCAAGCCCACCGUCAAAACUUCUGAGUUCUGCAAGGCCACACAUGAAGCCAACUUGGCUGAUUUUGCAAAGCAGAAGGCAGAACUGGAUCAGAUUGCAGAGCUUCAAAAGUAG